AUGCUCAUCGACGUUCGCCACGUCAAUCGCGAAGUCGUAUAUGACCUAGAAACUGAAGUUGUGUCGUUUGGUCCAGCCGUUACCGGCGCGGAAAUAUCGGAGAAGAUGCUUUCCGUAGGCCGCUUCUUUCCUCAUGGUCAUACGCCGAGUGUCGCUGUAGGAGGCUUCCUGCUUGCUGGCGGGCAAGGCUGGUUCUUCCGCAGCUGGGGUCUUACUGCAGAAAUGUGGGUCUUGAAGAUGGAAGUAACGCAGCUGAAGCUACACCUAAAGAGGGGAACAGACAUCACCUUUGGAACAUUCUACCCGGAAAAGUAUGAUCCCAAGAGGAUAAGCGAUGAAAUUCAGGACUCUUCAACACUCGUUAUGGCCGCCUCUGUGGUAGCUUACACAAACUCCUUGGAACAAGUAGCAUGGCUGAUGGCGGCCUUUUCGGACUCGCGGCUACCGGAGCAUCUCAUUUCGGCAGUGAAGCCAAUGCUGUGCAACCUACCUACCCGUCAGUCAGCAGGCUGCCUGGUCGCAGCACAUAUAUGCCCUAGUGAGAUAAACAUGGCUGGUAGCCUUCCGCAAGAGUACUAUAUUGCCGCCAUGUGCUGCUGGACAGAUCCGGACAAGGAUAAUGUAAUGCACGAGAAGCUUCGUCACGUCAAUGAGGUUGCGAAGUCUGUCGCCUGUGGUCUUUAUGUCGCUGAUUUCAACACCAAGUGGCCUGUCAGCAAGGUUAUGCCAGACUCUGCAUUCACAAGGUUUACUGAGAUCCGCCAAAAGUGGGAUCCUGAAGAAAGUUUCCAGGGCUAUAGAGGAUUGAACAAUGAAGUGCAAAACACAGAUCAGUAG